GCCAGCGCCCCGCUCGCCUCCGGUGCCGCAGCCCGGCAGGCGCCUCCUCUUGCGCGGCGCCGCUGCUCCUGCUCCUGCUGCUGCGAUGCUCCCCCGAGGAGGCAGCCGCUGAAGGAUGAGCGCCGCUGCCCGCCGCCGCCGCCGCCCCUGCCCGCUCCCGCCGCCGCUGCUGCUGCUGCUCUUGCCGUUGCUCCUGCCGCCGCCCGGCGCCUGGGGACUGCUGGCCACCUCCGGCGAGUUGUGUCCUCGACACCUGGACUGCACCCUUCAGCGGCGGAAGGAAUGUCCCCUGGGGUCACAUGCCUGUGGCCCCUGCCUCCCUCAAUUCGUAGAAGACAGAGAGAGAAGAUGCGUGCCCAGGACAGCAGCGCCCAAAGGGCACAGCUCUCUUGUUCCCAGCCUAGAAGAAGAGAUUGACUUGGUGUCCGAUGUGCUCUCCAAGCAGGGGAGGGGGCCUCUGCCCCACGGCCAGGAAGAGAGCCCGCCCCCCCCUGGCCCCAACUCCAGGAACGGAGCAUCGAAGGCAGAGUCCUCGCAGAGUGGCCGGCAGGGAUGGCCAGACACGUCUCACCCCAUCACAAAGCCGGUCCACAACCCCCCAGUGGAGUCGACCCGCAUCUCUUCCAACGAUGCCCUCGUCCUCGGCUUGAUUGUCGUCUGCACAGCUGCCGGGGUGGCGGCUCUGGUGGUGGCAACAAUCUGCUGGUGCAGGCUGCAGAAGGAGAUCCUGCUUGCCCAAAAAGUGGAUUAUCCAGCAAAUAAGCUGCCCCAACCCCCCUCCUAUGACAAGCUCUCUCCUGGCGAUCAGAAGCUGGCACAGAGUGCCCAGAUGUACCACUACCAGCACCAGAAGCAGCAGAUGCUCUCCAUGGAAAAGCAUAAGGAGGAAGCCAAAGCUCCCGAAUCCGUCUCCUCGGACGAAGAAAACGAAGAUGGAGACUUCACGGUCUACGAGUGCCCCGGCCUGGCCCCGACUGGAGAGAUGGAAGUGAAAAACCCCCUUUUUGACGACUCCACUCUGCCCCCAAAGCUGCACCCUUGACCGGGAACUGUGGACUGUGUGCAAGACCUGCCCGAGGGCCGCCUGACCAACAGCUCUCCUCUGCCCUCCUCCGCAAAUUCUUGGCUGAAAUAAAUCCGCCUUCGGGCAACUCGCUGCUUCUGCUCGGCUUCGCCUUCCCCCUGCACCGGCCCUUCUUCCGCCCGGCUCCCGUAUGUCGGCGAAGGGGCUUCGUGGACUGUCUGGACUCGGGAGGGCAGAGAAGGGGGCCCGGAGGCCUGGCUUGCCCCCUCCUGCCCCCGCAAUCUCUGCCAGCCUCGGGCACGGCAAGACCUGCCUUGCAAAAAUCAGAGCGGGAGGGCCUCCCUUUACUUUCCUUGUUUUGCAGCCCCCGAGGUUGAAAUAAGGGGGCUGGGGAGCCCUUGAUGCUCGAGGCUUCUCCCUUUGGGAGGGAGUCUUCGGACAGGCCUUUCCCCGCCCGGCCAGCCUUGGGAAAGCGGUCCAUGUGCCCAUUUAACAGGUGGGAACCGGAGGCAGACUGAAGCUGGAAAAAGUGCGUCUCCCAGGCGUAGUAAGUCCUGAUCCAUUUCACACCGUUUUUAGCACUUUCUCAAAGGAACUGAAUUCUGAGGCGGCGGAGGGUUUAUCUGAAGGCUUUGUGGGCAGAAUUUUAGUUCUCAGAAUUUCAAGGGGAAGGGAUGUUACGAAGCAGCAUUAAGGUCUGCAGAGUGACCUGUCCAGAGAAGAGGAGCCGGGGUGACCCCUGGAGCUUCUCCCAUUGGAGCCCCAGGGCCAGGCAACCUUCACCCCGUAGCCCUCUCUGGCUGUGCCCACUGGUCUGCCAGUGUGAUGCCUCCUCCUCGCCCUAGCCUGGCGUGAAGGGAGGUGACUUCUGUUCUGACUCAUUGGGCAUUUCCGAGCAAUUCAUAGCCGUCAGCCAGACUGAUUGACCAAGAGCUGGGAUGGCAUUGAGCCAAGUUUUCUUUCUUUUUUAAAAUUACAACCAAAUCUGGAAUGUUGAUUGAUUUUCUUCAUAGCAAAUUCAGGUUUCCGAAGUAUUUCUGAAUUCCGCGAUUAAAUGGGAUGGGCGUUGAGGGAAGAAGAAUGCGAUUGUUGGUCACCUGUGUUGCUUUCAGAAGACACGAUGUUCCAAGCAUUUGAUCUCCCCCCCCUAAGAAUUGUGGGGAGGGGGGAGUGUUGGAGAGGGUGUGUUGUGUUAGACAGCCAUCAAGGCUGAUUCCUACCCCCAUCUUCGCAAAUCCAAAGAUAUUCAUGAACCACCUGGGUAGCUGUAGCCUAUUUCUCCUUGCCCCUGCUGUGAGGUCUAGAAACUUGAUGGAAAACAAAACAAAGAAAACAAAGUUUCCUGCUCAGGUGCAUAAGUGCAGUUUGGAAAAGGGGCCUUUGCAUAUGCGAUUGGACUAUGAGGUUGUGAUGCAACUCACAAGCAACUUUUUGGAAGUUGGCACCUUGCAAGAUGGGCUGAAUUUGCAGGGCAGAGGGUGGCUAUUUUAUUUUAUUUUGGAGAGGUUUGCCAAAAGGCUCAGGAAACCAUGUUUGGGGUGCAUUAGAGUUGCAUCAGAACCCGUCAUGUCCCCCCCCUGCACCUCUAUGAGUUUUUGCAAAAGUUGCCCCCCCCGCCUUCCCACCAGGGUCUCAAGAGGGUUUUCUUGGGCCUGAAUUGAAAGGCCUGAAGCUGCAGCCAGAGGGGUCUCCAUCUGCUGGGCCCCCUACCUGAAUCAGAAGUCUUUUGGGGGGGGGGUUUAGGGGUUGCUCUGGCUGAGGGACCAUCUUUUUAAGCAGAGAAGAAACCUCCUGCACUGCAGGACAGAGAGUAUCCGGGCUGUUUCCAAAGCAGCUUUUGGGGAGGGCGGGGGAGACCCCUCUGUGUUCAUCCUCCUGUUUUUGAGUUUGCACAGCACUUUUGCACUUAUCCUGCUGAGAAGUUUACUCCUUACUUUUGUAUUCUUUCCAAAGAGGAAGCUGCACACAAGGGAAACAGACCCGAACCCGGAGUUUAAGCUCCUCUGAUGCCUGGCCUGGAUCCGUUGCUAAUACGGAGGGAGGGAGGGAGGGGAGAGUUUCUCCUUCAGCCCUGCUUCGGGUGGGGGGCUCUGUCGGUGCCCCCGGAGCUGCCAGUUCUUAGACUCCAGAAGCGAUGGUGGGCUGGGGGAGAGGGGGGGAGGAGAGAAUGCCACACAGGGAUCAUUUAUUUUUUCUUUCUUGUUAUUUUUGUUUCCAGACCUGUAUGGACUGUGUUUAAUAAAUUUUAUUAAAUGA